GAGUGGCCCGUUAUGGGUGUAAAUUCGAAACCAAGGCGAUAUUCGUAUCAGGGCCCAAUGAAAAAACCCCAAUUCAAAUGUUACCGUAUCGAUUUUGCUCCCGAAAUGGAUUCCCGCUCGGCCACUAUUCCUCCGCCGGAGAGUACGUCGUGCUCGCCGGAGAAUGUGGCGGAGCAGCCAUGGGGGGAGAAGGUUUCAGCAGCGGUAGCGUCAAUUUACAGUUCUCUCCCGAAGAAAGGAAAGCCACAAGGCCGAGAAGUCACUGUUUUAGCUGCGUUUCUCCUCUCCAAUCAUUCACAAGAUUUAAAAGUGGUGGCUCUGGGCACGGGAACGAAAUGCAUAGGGCAUUCGAGGAGGAGUUACAGAGGCGACGUUGUGAACGAUUCGCACGCUGAAGUUAUCGCCAGGAGAUCUCUUCUUAGGUACUUCUAUGCAGAGAUCGACUGCAUUACGAAAAAGUGUGUCGAUCGUAGCCGUAGUAGAAGCUUGGCAUUGCAGAGUGACGUCACUAAUAACUCGAUCUUCUGUUUGAGCUCAGAUAAUAAGCUUGGCCAAGGAAAAUUGAAAUUGAAACCUGGCUGGCAGUUGCAUUUGUACGUGUCGCAAUUGCCAUGUGGAGACGCAUCACUUAAUUCUCAGUUGUUCAAUUCUUUAAGUAGCAGUUCUUCUGAGAAAUGGAGUACAGAAUGUGUCUCUCCGGAAGAUUCUGCAUGUCAGAAUGGUGCUUGUUUUCAAGUUACCGGUACAGUUCAAAAGAAGCCUGGUCGAGGAGAUACAACUUUGUCUGUAAGUUGCUCUGACAAGAUUGCUCGCUGGAAUGUCGUUGGAGUUCAAGGAGCUCUACUUUCUUGCUUUCUGGAACCAGUUUAUAUUUCCUCUAUAACAGUGGGUGUGUCGCAAUUCGAUUCUGGAAAUUCGGUGGCCGAUCAUCUAAGAAGAUCCUUACACGUGCGGAUCACAUCGGUGUCUGACAAACUGAUGGAACCCUUUCAAGUGAAUAAGCCGCUCCUUUGGGUAGCUCCAGUGCCACCUAAGGAAUUUCAACAUUCCGAGACUGCUCUUGAAACCUUAACUUGCGGGUAUUCGAUAUGCUGGAAUAAUGCUGGUUUGCAUGAAGUCAUUCUUGGAACAACGGGUAGAAAGCAGGGAACAUCUGCAAAAGGUGCAAUGUCUCCAUCUACAGAGUCAUCUUUAUGCAAUAAUUAUUUUGUGCUUAGGAAGCGCUUGUUAGAGUUAUUUGUAGUAGUCAAGCAAGAUUAUUCAUCAGACUGCUCCGUCUCCGAGAUCACUUAUCGAGAACUCAAGGAAAAGGCUGAAGAAUACAAUGCAGCUUCAAAGGCCUUUAAAGCAAGCCCCCAUUUCAUAAACUGGCUUUUGAAACCCCAAAAUUUCGAGUCCUUUUCAGGCUAGUGAUGUUAAAGCUGAGCGCACGAAGAAUGGAAGAUAUUAUACACCAUAGUGCACGAAGAAUGGAAAAGAUAAAAGGCAACGCGUAUGAAAAAAAAAUAUGUUUUUCAUGUGCGGUGUCGCUUUUCCAGGUUAUGCACCAAUGGCUUAUUUUAUACAGCAGCACUUCGCAUAUGAUUUUGAAAUGAAGCAAUAACACACAGUCAACCCCAGGAAUUGAGGUUAAUUCACAUGUUAACUCUCUGCCGUAUCACACUUUUCAUUUGCUUCACUUUUACUUGACUGCCUCCUUUAUGUACUC